CCAAAUCACAGCGCACCGCUCCAGACAGGACCUCUGGCCCCGUGCUCCUCCCAACCCAACCCAACCCAAAUCACAGCGCACCGCUCCAGACAGGACCCACUGACACCUAUCAACUGAUUUCAACUCGAAUUUGGAAAACGCUGCGAUUUUAACCUAACAUAGUUCAGCAGCUGAUUAUCAACAACUUGCAAGUUAACUUUAGGCAUAUACUCGGUAAGUUAGUCUACUUUUAAAAGUGUUUUUACAUAAGGAAAUAAGUUGUGCUGCACCAGCAAAAAGGAGGCUAUCCUUUUCAGUAUCAGUCAGCAACUUUACCAAACUAUCUGACUUUCUUGUGUUCAACUUUCGAGGGGUCUCUCAAUCGUUUGACUAUUCACCAUGCAGCAACGGUUUCCACAUAGGAUGUCCCCCGAAAGGAAGGUAUUCUGGUGAAUUAGUUUGAACGGGAGUAUUGCGUCAAUAAAGGUGAUUCUACUCUGCGUUAACCGGGGACACUAGUCUACCUGUCACCGAAUUCUUUCAACCAACCACUCCCACCCCGGUCCCCUCGUGCACUCUCCGUGGGUCGCCUGCCUCGCCCGCUAACCGUGAUGGCGUGCGGUUGGAGUCCGGGAGCUGUCACGGUUUGGAGAACUACCGUUUUCCUGCUCAACAUCGCGUGCACAGCGUCGGCCAAGAGACACGUCGUCUACUGGAACUCCACCAACUCUAGGUUGACGGGAGGGGAUCUGUCCAUCCAGGUGAAUCUGAAUGACUACCUGGAUAUCUACUGCCCCCACUACCCUCACCCGUCUCCCCCCAGUGAGGAUGCCUACCCCCAGGCCCCACCAGACAGCCUGGCCCUGUACCUGGUGGCUGAGGGGGGGUUCAGGGGCUGUGUGGAGACUCAGGGGGCCAUCAAGAGGUGGGAGUGUAACAGCCCCCAUGCCCCCUUCGGCCCUGUCCGCUUCUCAGAGAAGAUCCAGCGCUUCACCCCCUUUUCUCUGGGCUUCGAGUUCCUCCCCGGACACCACUACUACUACAGCUCAUUGCCUACAGGGGAAAGCUCCCAGCUGCCCUGCAUGAAGCUGCGAGUCACAGUGUGCUGUGAGCCCACAACCGAAGGGUCCAAGCAGAACAAGCAGGAACAAGGUACUCCAGCUCUUCACAGUGAUGUGUGUUCAAUGAGGACAGUUCCUCUUUCUCUCCUCCUCCUCCUCAUCCCACUCUUGAACUUCCUCUCUAUCUAACAUCCCUCUAUUCAAGCUGACCUCCUAUCUACCAUGGCCACUGUAGAUGGCCUGCCUCACCCACUCAGUCCCCACUUUAAACUAUCCACACCUCAUAGAGAGGCCAAGUCUUCAAUUCACACCCUAAAAUGACUGCAAUAGGGCAGACUUCAACACUACACACCCUCCAACACAUCUCCUCUGUCGUUUCUGGAGUGGCACUAAUCUUUCUCUUCUUGGUCUCCUCUUUUCUCUCUCUGUCCACUCUCUCCUCUCGUUCCCCCUCUUCCAUCCCUCGCUCCUGACUAAAGCUCCCUCUGAAACAGACUGACACUAAUCUACCAUCAAAGCAUUCAUUCUUCAUUUCACACCUUUAUCCACUCCAUCCUGUAGACUCCAUCUGUGUCCAGUCUCUCUCUCCCUCUCUUUCUCUCUCUCUCUGUCUCCCUGUGUGUGUGAACAUAAUGAGCCAGCUGAGCCAAAGUGGACCGUCCAGACGUUGUUCUGUUAAAUUACUACGGAGAGGACCAGACUUGGAGUUGACUGGCUGUCGGAGUUGACUGCUUCUGAACAGAACUAUGCUUUUGAGUUGACGUCAUUGGAUUUGAAAGUCAUUGUUUUUUAGAUGAAAAACCACACUUUUUUUGUAUCCAAAGUGGGACCAACUGUUAAACACAGAAACACCAAACGUUGACCAAACUUUAUUAAAAAAGUUAACUAAUGACGACACUGCCUAAACCAGGAUAUGCUGUGUGAGUGGAACCCUGGGAAUGAUGAACUGGAAUGUUGUGACUGUUCUGCUACGCCCUCUACUGGGAUCAUACUGGUUAGACUGGUCCAACUGGACUGUAACACCUGGCACUCUGGGAUCUUUAUUUCUGUGGUCUUCAUCUGACCAUAUCUGGGAUUAUCUGGACCUGUAGCUGGUGGUUUACCUCUGUCUUAAAAGGCAAUCAAAAGGAAUUGUGGGAAACACACUGAGGGUACCGCCUCACUUCACCUCACACGCUCCGAACCACAUGGGCUGAUUGACAGAUGCUCCCGACCAACCAGGUGUGCAGGUACAGUAUUUAGACUGUCUGCUGAGCACUUUACCAGGCGAGGACCUCCACCAAUGAGGAGAGGCCUAAAGCUGGUGUUUAUGUUUGAGUAGAGGUUGUUGUUUUAGUGCAGUAAAGACUCUGCUUUAUGUGUUUCAGUUAAAUGUUGAUGUUUUGUAGAGGUCCUGUAAUGUUGGCAUCCAUUUUGAUUAUUUGAAACAUCCUGAAAAAAUCUACAUUUUUACACGGCUGAACUUUUUUUAUACAAAUGUUUACAGGUGUAGAUGAACUCCUAUUGCUGUUGUUUAUAGUGCUAUCAAGAAUAACUAAAUCACUUCAGGUUACCCUGUAUUUUUCUUUAAUAAAACAUACAUUUUUAUCAUCUUUUCAUUAAACAAAUAGCAUUAAAAAAUGCCAUUUUAUUAUCAAAGCAAUUUAAAUUAAUUUUUCUUUUGAUUGUGUCAUAUCUUGUAUCUGUUGGUUAGAUAUAUGACAUUUUUGAAUUUAUUACUUCAAUUUAAUUUCAUGUUCCAAUCACAAAAGUAAUAUAUCACUAAAUUGCAUUAACACUAGAAGUGUGUUAGAAAUAUCACAAACCUAACAAAUAUACAUGUUUUCUUUUCAAAGGUGAGAGAUUUACCUGAAAUUAUUCUUAUUCAUUUAAUCCCACAAAAACGAGUGUAUAUUUAAUUAAAUUCAUAAUUCUGAUUAGUUGCUUACCUUAAUCCAACAUAAUUAAUCAUUCUUAAAUACAGGCUUUUCUGGGCUGCAGUUUUUCCCACAUUGUAAUGUUGUCUUUUGUCACAGCAUUUACAAUAUGUUGACUCAUAGUUAUACCUGUAAGCACUUCCUCAUGAAGAGGAGUCUGCAGUAUUACUUUACUCACACAUUUGGAUAACAAUAUGCUUCAAUAACAGUUAAAUAUUUUGUUCUGGUCAGGAAUAUAAUGAUUAUUACAGGGGUGUGAACGCUGAUGUCGAACCUUGUUGGAUAAAGCUGGUGCUCCCAGAUUUUAGUGUAUUACAAUCGGUUCAUAGGAAAAAAAUAUUUAGUUGUUUUGUUUUCACAUUUUAGUGAAGUAUGUAGCAUCUUCUAUGAAGAGCGAACUGCAAACUGAGCCCUUUUAUACAAGGUGAGACGACAAAAUAAAGAUGAUUGCAAUAAGACUGUU